UGACCAACGUAUUCAAAAUAUUAACAGAGACCUUGAUGAAACACAACAAAUUAUGCAAAAUAAUAUUGAUAAUAUGACUCGUAAUGUUGCUAAUGCUGAAGAACUUGAACAACAAACUGCUGUAAUGAAUGAAAAUGCUGCUGCUUUUAAAAAGUCAUCAACUAAUAUGAAAAAUGCAAUGUGGUGGAAGAACUUUAAAUUGUGGUUAAUUAUUGGAGCUGUUGUUGCAAUAAUAAUUCUUGUUAUUAUAAUUAUUAUCGUUAUUAUUGCUGUAAAAGUUAGCAAAAAUAAAGAUGAUUAA